AUCAACAGCGCUAGCAGACAUAUCUUCAGAAAGGAAGAACGUUCUGUGCGGAUGAGACUGGUCAGAAAGUCCAUGUAAGAAUGUGGCACAUUUCGACACCGCGCUUCAAUAGGAGAGGCAUCCACAAACAUGUUGUUCUUAUGGUUGCGAUCGAAUGUGUUUGUGUCGUAUUUCUGCCUCAGGCCACAGCCUUCAGUCCUGCUCCUAUUGUUAAGAUAAAGUCCGGUCUUGUGUCAGGUCAGCAGUUUGAACUUGGAGGCAAAAUGCUGGACGCGUUCCUCGGAAUACCCUACGCGCAGCCACCCGUCGGAGACCUCAGAUUCCAAAAACCAAGACCUGUGUCGCGGUGGGACGGCAUCUACAACGCGACUGCUAAGCCAACGCCUUGUCAUCAGGUGCCAGUGCCUUUACUCGGACUGACAAAGUUGAACUACACAAAGGCAUCCGAAGACUGCUUGUACGUCAACGUGUGGAAGCCAUCACAACGUGAUUGCCCUGAACCGCGAAACUGCACGAGAGAACUUCUGCCAGUGUUCGUUUAUUUUCACGGAGGCGCCUUUCAGUGGGGUGACUCGGCGCUGCUGGUUUACGAUCCGGCGAACUUCGUGGCACUGACGGACGUCGUUUAUGUGACGUUCAAUUACCGCUUGGGCAUCUUCGGAUUCUUGUCCUUGGAGACACCGGAUAUGCCGGGCAACGUGGGCCUCUGGGACCAGAACAUGGUACUUAAGUGGGUGCGUGACAACAUUGCAAGUUUCGGAGGUGAUCCCCGUCAAGUUACCAUCGGCGGACAGAGUGCGGGGGCGACAUCGGCGGCCCUGCAUGCAGCGUCUCCGCACAGCAAGCAUCUAUUCAAGAGAUUAAUCACACAGAGUGGGUCCCCGCUUUCCAUGGUGUUGAACAUUUUCUUCAGGGGCGAAGGGAAAUUUAUUAAUAUUGCCGUCUCACUAGGCUGUUACGACGUGAAGAUUCCGUUUACAGAGCAGCGUAAGAAGGUCAUCGAUUGUCUUCGUAAACUCGACGCUAGCUUCAUCAUGCGGAAAAUCGAAAAUCUCGACUUUUUGCAACAGCUUUUCUCACCCCUCGACAAGGACGAAUUCCUACCCUUAUCUAUCCUGUCACCGGAGCCAUGGAAACAACUGAACGUUGAUGACGUUCUGCUGGGAACCACCACUGACGAAGGAACGAUGUUCUUCACCUUCCUCGCUGACUCGUUUCCUCAGGCAUCCGAAGUAUUGGCCACGCAGUACAGGACCGUAACAACAGUCGUCAUAUCUCAGGCUAUGAACGUUCCUGUGACGACUGCAAAAGAAAUCGUGACUGCUUAUUUCGGAGGACACGAAGUCGAGCACAGCUACGACGAAGUACGUGACAUCAUCUGCGAAAUUUUCGCUGACGCCGUUUUCAACUGCCCUACGCAGCUGUUUGCUGACAGCGCGGCUGAACAAGGAGUUAGGACACACCGUUACUUGUUCGCUUACAAGCCAACGCACAGCUUUUUCCCAAAAUGGAUGGGUGUGGCACACACCGACGACCUCUUUUACACUGUAGGAUCGCUACCAUUCCUGAAAGACAAAAGCCGCUACACCGAUGUUCUCGGAAUUCUGGGAAAGAAGUUCUUGGCCACCCAGGAUUACACAAGCAAAGAAGAGCAAUUCAUGAAGGAGGUUGUUAGCGCUUGGGGCGCUUUUGUACGAACUGGGAAACCAAAUAUUCCACGUGCCGGUGUGACUUGGCCUUCAUACGUCGUCGAUAAGCGCCAGAUGCUUGUAUUAACGCCAGAAAACUUCACCGUCAUCACCGACAUGAAAAUAGAGCGCUGUGCCCUUUGGAAGCCAAUUCUUUACAGGAAUGAUGCACAGGAUUCAUCGACGAAGAGUCCCACCGCGACUCCUAAGAGCACAAAGCAACAUAGUCCGAAGUUACAGAAGACAAAGCCUAAAUACCGAAAACCAGGAAACAGCGGAUCGUCGUUCCACCAAGAUUUCAUCGCAAUAUUCUUCACGAUGCUGUGGGCACUCUCGGCACAUUCGUUAUCGCAGUUGUGCAGGAACCCGUUUUAAUUAAGUGUAGCCGUGUCGCCGCAGUAUAAAAACUCUCCGAAGAGCUCUAUUGUAAAAUGUAGAAACGUCACAGUACCUUUAGGCAGCGUUAAAGAAAGUACGGGCGAAAGUCUACGCUCUUUGAAAUUCCUUUCAAUUUCUUAGUCGAUUCCCUCGCCACUCACUCUAUAGUUCCACCAUUGUUUAUCCCAGUAUUUCUUAAUUAAG